AUGGACAUGGACGGUCGCGACCGCUCAAAAAGCAGGACAUUGCAACCUCCAACCGCCGAUUAUCUGGAUCUCAUCUCUAACUUGGCCUCUCCCAAGACUUUUCUCUUUCAUCACCCACGCUCCACCUCUCGUUCUCAUCCAACUCCUGCUGCGCAGAGUACCACCGUCGCACCAUCGACCACCAUGGACAAGCAGCAGCCCAGCUCGUUCCAGCAGCUGGAAAAGCUUGGAGAAGGCACCUAUGCCACCGUCUUCAAGGGACGCAAUCGCCAGACUGGCGAGCUGGUCGCCCUGAAAGAGAUCCAUCUCGAUUCUGAAGAGGGAACGCCAUCUACCGCCAUUCGAGAAAUAUCGUUGAUGAAGGAGCUGAAGCACGAGAGCAUCGUGUCGCUCUAUGAUGUGAUUCACACGGAGAACAAACUCAUGCUCGUCUUUGAGUACAUGGACAAGGAUCUGAAGAAGUACAUGGAUACCCGCGCCGACCGCGGCCAGUUGGACCAAGCCACAAUCAUGUCAUUCAUGCACCAGCUUCUCAAGGGCAUUGCGUUUUGCCAUGAGAACCGCGUCCUCCACCGCGAUCUGAAGCCUCAAAACCUCCUCAUCAACAAGAAGGGACAACUUAAACUUGGAGAUUUCGGUCUAGCCCGCGCCUUUGGCAUUCCCGUCAAUACUUUCUCCAACGAAGUCGUGACCUUGUGGUACCGUGCCCCAGAUGUGCUUCUGGGCAGCCGCACAUACAACACGAGCAUCGACAUCUGGUCUGCUGGAUGUAUCAUGGCGGAACUCUACACUGGCCGUCCUCUGUUCCCUGGCACCACCAACGAAGACCAGCUUAUCAAGAUCUUCCGCCUGAUGGGAACCCCUUCGGAACGCUCAUGGCCCGGCAUCUCCCAGCUCCCGGAGUACAAGCCAAACUUCCACGUAUAUGCGACGCAGGAUCUCAGUCUCAUUCUCCCCCAGAUUGACCCCCUAGGUCUGGAUCUCUUGAGCCGGAUGCUCCAGCUCCGGCCAGAGAUGCGGAUCAGUGCCCAGGACGCCCUGCAUCACCCCUGGUUCCGCGAUCUCCCGCAAUUGCAGGCCCAAUUGCAGCAACAGCAGCAGCAGCAACAACAACAAAUGGCUGGGGCGUAUGGUGGCAUGGUUCCCCCACAGCAAACAUAUUGA